AUGCCGCCCGAACUGGGCCCCUCUGUCCACGAGACCCUCAGCGACUUUGAACAAUCCAACAUUAUCCUGGUGGAAUGGGAAACUCCUCUGCUGCGUCGGCUGGGCUACCCCCUCGCACCUAAGCCGGACUUAGUAUUCCUGGUCCCAGAUGAACAACUCCAAGUAGCAAACGAUAUCGCCAAAGCCAGAGGCUUGCUGAACGACAACCACCCACCUUCCUACCUCUCUGAGCUUGCGGGCCAGGGCUUUCGCUAUGUUUACGGCAACCCAAAGCGCCUCCUGAUGCUAGCGCCUCUUUCUUGGACUGGCAUCAAGAAGGAGGAGCUCAUGGCUGUCGCGCCAUCUGCGCGGCAACCCUCGUACACUACUUGGACAGUACCCUUGCCUGUUUUUUGUGUCGCCUAUUUGCGCAUUAUAAUGCAAGAGAGUGCUGGAAGCCGUGUUCGUGUCAUGGCAAUCGCAGAUCUUUCGAGCGUCAUCGCCUACAGCAUGUUUGACAUGGGCUACGAGGGGGACUGUAUGCUCGGCCCAGAGGAUGUUAUUGAUGAAGGUAUAGAGAUUCAAAGACACGUUGAAGAGGACAUGGCGGCCAACAAAGACGCUCUGGACAUGCAAAAUGCUCUCAACAGCAUACGAGAAUGGCAUUUUACCGAGGACGCUGAGUGGGCUAGAGGAACCUUGAUCCAGUUGGUUUCUGGAACGUUACGGUAUGAGGAUUUACCGAGCAAUGGACGACAGGGGGUUAUGGAUGAGGAUGAGUAA